GAAGAAGAAGCAGCAGCAGCAGCAGCAGCAGCAGCACCGCGCAUCCGGGUCUCUGUCUAACGUCAUUUCCGCACAAAUUGAUGCUAAUGCUACUGAAAAAAUGCAAUGUUGUUAAUGAACUGGCGAUAUCUGUGGGAUCUUUCGACAUGUUCGGUUCGGGUAGUCGAUCGGAAGAAGAGUACAUUUCAGCGCUGUGGCAACUUCAUUCAGCUUGUCGUCUCUAACGAUUUAGUUUCACAUGACAGUGGCAGUUCAUUGUUAGCUUAGCUUUAGCCAUGCUACCCGACUCCGCUUUCACUUGUCUUCUGGGUUGUGGCUUACUUGCGACAGGGACCACGGCUACUAAGCUAGCUUGGUAGCUAGCAAGCUAAGCACAUUUCAUCCCCGGUAUUAACGUGUUUGUAUCCUUAUCUGUUUUGUUUUUUUUAGACCUUUUGGUUUUCUGUCAUUCUGUGUUACAGCGGUGGUCUAAACAUAAACUGCCCAUAGUUUGUUUUAACACGUAGAAUGCGCCGUUAGCUUACGUAGCGAGCUGCCCAACCGGCUUUAUUUUGAGGAAACGUCUCAUUUCUUGAUGACAUUUGAAUCACCCGACGUACGUUAGGCUCGCUCGCCGUCCGCCAACGUUUUUCACCACCCAGCCAAGAGCCGGAGCUUUUCCUCCUCCCGUACCUUCGCCUGCCACGAUGGCUUCUUCCUCUGGGAAUGACGACGACCUCACCAUCCCCAGAGCGGCCAUCAACAAGAUGAUCAAAGAGACUCUCCCCAACGUACGAGUGGCGAACGACGCCAGGGAGCUGGUGGUGAACUGCUGCACGGAGUUCAUCCACCUCAUCUCCUCGGAAGCCAACGAAAUAUGCAACAAGUCCGACAAGAAGACCAUCUCUCCCGAGCACGUCAUCAACGCUCUCGAGAGCCUGGGCUUCGCGUCGUACAUCACGGAGGUGAAAGACGUGCUGCAGGAGUGUAAGACCGUAGCUCUGAAGAGGAGGAAGGCCAGCUCCCGGCUGGAGAACCUGGGCAUCCCAGAGGAAGAGCUCCUCAGGCAACAACAGGAAUUAUUUGCCAAGGCGCGGCAGCAGCAGGCAGAGCUCGCCCAGCAAGAGUGGCUACAGAUGCAGCAGGCCGCCCAACAGGCACAGAUGGCCGCGGCGUCUGCCAGCGCCGCCCAGCAGGCCGGCUCCUCUCAGGAUGAAGACGAAGAGGAAGACAUGUGAUGCGUAGGCUGACGCAGGCUUCCCUCGUCCUGACGCCCCCUACCCCCCCCCCCACCCUCCUGGCUCCUCCCCCUGGGACCUCGCUGGCACACAAAUCCCUCAGUGUGUUCACAGAGCAGAGACAUGAGGCGUGUUUGAGCGCCCGUAGACAUCCGUGUAACCUGGAAUCAUGUACAUUGGAAUGGACACUGAUGAGGAAAGCCGACUGGGGAUUUCAAGCCUCUCGUUCAGGCAUCAGAACCUGAACGUGAUCUGGCUUGAGAUGCUGCAGAGUUUUUGCCCCUCACCCCGUUUCCCAGAUGCUCUCCUCUUUAAUUAUUUCUUCAUAUUAUGUUGUGAGUGAUUUUUAGAUUUCUGGAUGUGUUGUGGACACUGAUAUGUCAGUGAGUUUUGGUGAUAUUGGAACAAGUACGGCACCAGAUAGCGUAGUCUGUUGUACUCAUCACUCAUUGGUGGUUUUCAGAGGAGUGCAUUGUCUCGUCGUUUUGAUGGUCACUUUUAUGAAAAGUAUUUUCUCUACCUUCGCUCAAUGUAUUUCUUCGACAGAGGAUAAUUUGAGGGGUUGUGAAUAUAGGAAUAUUUUUUGUUAUGUAAAAAAAAAAUGGACAUUUUGGUUAAUUUUAGCUCAUUCAAAUGCUUUGUUUCAUUUUGUUUCUAUCUUCAGCCACCCGCAGUAUUGCUAAUCAGACACAUGUUUCAGAAAACUAUAUUUUUGUCUCAUAGAACCAAAGAUAGAGGAGGGACUAACCGCCCAGACUUAGUGUGUUUUUUUUUAGGUGCUGAAGUGAUUCUCGUCGCUGACUCCGGGUCAGUCUAAACAACGUUAAGGAUUAUUCGACCUUUGUAAGAUGCUUUGAUAUCCAGACUGAAUUUGUUGAAUCCUGUGACGUAUCAAACAUUCGCAUCGUGACUGUGGUCAAUCCUCAGUGUUGAUGCACACAUCUGCUCGCCCAUGCUGCGAAGUUGUAUUCUUUAAGCAAUAAAGGAAUCAUAUUUUAUAGACC